CUCCUUCAGCUGGCCCUCCACUAGUUUUUGACAACAACGACUCUGCCGACAAUGUCCACAUCGUGACUAUCUCUGACAAAAGCGCGCUCCCCAUUUGUUUCAUAGUUUGGUGUGCUUUUAUUUCCAAGUUCGUGCAUUAUGGAGCCGUCCGCGCCCAAAAGCAAGCUGAAAAAGCUGAGCGAGGACAGCUUAACCAAGCAGCCAGAGGAAGUGUUUGAUGUUCUGGAGAAACUCGGAGAAGGCUCAUAUGGCAGUGUUUUUAAAGCCAUCCACAAAGAGUCUGGUCAGGUUGUGGCUAUCAAGCAGGUUCCUGUGGAGUCUGAUCUGCAAGAAAUCAUCAAGGAGAUCUCCAUCAUGCAGCAGUGUGACAGUCCUUAUGUAGUAAAGUACUACGGCAGCUACUUCAAGAAUACAGACCUGUGGAUUGUUAUGGAGUACUGUGGAGCCGGCUCUGUUUCUGACAUCAUAAGGCUGCGAAACAAAACGCUGACAGAAGACGAGAUUGCCACCAUCUUGAAGUCAACAUUGAAGGGUCUUGAAUACCUUCACUUCAUGAGAAAGAUCCAUCGUGACAUCAAGGCAGGAAACAUCCUUCUCAACACAGAGGGCCACGCCAAACUGGCAGACUUUGGAGUCGCAGGACAGUUAACGGACACAAUGGCUAAAAGAAACACUGUGAUUGGUACACCGUUCUGGAUGGCCCCAGAGGUGAUCCAGGAGAUUGGCUACAACUGCGUAGCAGACAUCUGGUCCCUGGGCAUCACAUCCAUAGAAAUGGCCGAGGGCAAACCUCCCUACGCUGACAUCCAUCCUAUGAGGGCCAUCUUUAUGAUCCCCACCAACCCUCCUCCUACGUUCAGGAAACCGGAGCUUUGGUCAGAUGAAUUCACAGAUUUUGUCAAGAAGUGUUUGGUGAAGAACCCCGAGCAGAGAGCAACUGCCACACAGCUCCUACAGCAUCCAUUCAUCAACCUUGCCAAGCCAGUCACAAUCCUGAGAGAUCUGAUCACUGAAGCCAUGGAGAUGAAAGCCAAGAGACAGCAGGAGCAGCAGAGAGAGCUGGAGGAGGAGGACGACAACUCUGAGGAGGAGACAGAGGUGGACUCUCACACCAUGGUAAAGACGGGACAGGAGGGUGCCGGGACCAUGCGAGCCACCAGCACCAUGAGCGACGGGGCGCAGACCAUGAUCGAGCACAGCACCAUGCUGGAGUCUGACCUGGGCACUAUGGUCAUCAACAGUGAUGAUGAAAAUGAGGAAGACGACCAAGGAUCAAUGAGAAGGCACGCCACCUCCCAGCAGCCUAUCCGUCCGUCCUUCAUGGAUUAUUUUGAUAAGCAGGACUCCAACAAGGCGGCCCAGCAGCAGGAGAACUACAACCACAACCAGCCGAAGGAGCAGCCCGGCUACCACAUCCAGUCUAAAAAUGUCUUCCCUGACAACUGGAAGGUUCCUCAAGACGGAGACUUUGACUUUUUGAAGAAUCUGGACUUUGAGGAGCUGCAGUUGCGCCUGAGCGCCUUGGAUCCGAUGAUGGAGCGGGAGAUCGAGGAGCUCAGGCAGCGCUACACUGCCAAAAGGCAGCCCAUCCUGGACGCAAUGGAUGCCAAGAAGAGGCGACAACAGAACUUCUAGGUGUUGCUCCCAUCAGCACCGCUCCUGUUUUAGGUCUCCACAACCAGCAUGGAACGUAACGUCCCAGAGACUGAAGGGAGAAUAAAAAGACCGCCAUAUUGUUGCUAAUGGAAGCCCCGUACUGUCCCAACUACUCGCUGAUCUCUGAAUGAAGUUACACGCUUUCUUUCCUGGGUGGUGUUUGUUCAGCUCCAGGAUGUUUAUUUUUCCUUCCUCUUCAAGUUAAUUUCUAAUGAGCGCUUCUCAGAUU